AUGGCGUUAGACUCCUUGCCUCUCCAUGUGGCUUUUCGGUCGGUUCUUGCCGACAGUCAGUGCUCCCGCUACACUGAAAUGUGUCCUAAAAACAACCAACAUCAGAUCGACUGGUCUGGCUGUAUUUGGAAGAUGACACCACCGAGGUACUUCUGUCCUCCACACCCAAAGUGCAGUGCUGACUUGCAGGUCUCCAUAAACGGUGGUGCGAGCUCGCACGUCCCUGUUCAAUUUGGACGUCGUGAAGAUGCAAACAAAACGCUGACCUUUAACCUGCGUAACAACGGGCCCUCGAAGUCUGAAGGAGUCCGUAUAGAACUGAGUUCACUUGGAUGGCCAAAAAGCGCAUCUCAACCUGGACUGCGUGUGCAGAUAAACCGCAUUCAAUUAAGAGUGGCAUCAACGGGCGCACUUGUGGCAUCGAACGAACAUUCACUAGAUCGUUGGUCAGUGAGUAUUUCAAGCAACGGCGCGGCUGCACUAAUUAUUGCUCGUCAAGGCACAGUUAUCUACCCAGACCAGGAGUUACUUAUUGUUGCGGACAUUUUUGUGGCAGGGCUGACAACUUUACGACACGAAGAUCAGGAAGAUGAUGUGGAGGCUGGAGGUCGAAUACCGAGCCCCAGGCUCCAGGCAAACGUGUCCGCCGUUGUUGCCGACCCGAGCCAGGAGACGAAUCUGGCAAGCGUGACAUUCGAUGUUGUCUACAAACCUCUGUUACGAAUUAACCCGGGAAUCGCUCCAUCAGCCCUUGUUGACGAUAGGAAGGAUCCUCCGAAUAUUGGCGGUGAGUUGGAGUUACCUUUAAGCAGGGAAUCUUUUGGUCUGUAUAGGAAAUUAUGA